GUACAGGAUUACCAUUUUUAUCCUGAAUGUAUUAGGUUCUGUUGAAAGUGUCUUUCAUUUUAUACGAAGGCGUUACAUAUGAUGGCAGUAUAAUAAAUUGCUUCAACCAGAGUUAAUUGAAAACCGAAAAUAAAAACCUUUUUACCAUUUGUAUAAACGAGAUCACGGCCAACGAAAUAUGUAGAGAUAAUAAACAAAUAUAUGAAUAGAGACUACUGUAACUCUCUCGUGAUAGCAGUUGUUAUGCUCUUCAAUAUGCUCUUCAAAAUUCAAUGACACAAAAUCCAUUUCCCAUAGCUUUAAGUCAUUUCCGUAGUAUAUAUGUUUUCAUAGCAACACACAUUCUUUGUGCGACAUCAUGUUUACGUCAGCGACUAAUGACCUCCUCCAAAAUUAACAUACACAUUAUUCGCUGUGAUUAAUUCGCAAACGUAAUAUCUUCGGUAAUUCAGUGCACUUUGGUUAUUAUCACAUACUGUAUUCGUAUUUAAGAAGAGCGAUGAAACUAAAUAGAAUCUAUUUGCUAUUGAACGUGGUAUUGAUAGUAUUCCAUUAUGUUUGUGCUACAAAUGGUGAAAAGAUGCUGGAUGACGCUGUGAGGCAAUCGCUGACACGCGAGAAUGAACAAAACACUUUGGUGACAUCAAAGCAGAAUUUGGAUCAUUUUGAGAAGCGCCCUGUGAGAAAACUUGUCCGUCGUUCGUUGAGGAAUGAAACAAGUGAAACAAACAAAGGACUGCAGGAAGAUGUUGGUAAUUCUACUGGUACAAAAUUACAGGGUGAUGAAUUGCCUCCUGGAAGCAGUUUUCCGUCACCUGACGGCUCAGGUUUUAAACAUGAUCCGCUGCCUGGAAAGUUUGAUUGUCCCAGGCUGGAAGAGUCUUGUCAAAAUAAAUGUUCGAACAGAACUCGUUUUGUCGAAACUCAUCGUAUGUUUGUUCCGAUGUGUGGCUGUGAUACUUCAUGUAAUGACAUUUUUACGGACUGCUGUAGUGAUUAUACCAAACAUUGUGGGAGCAAUACUGUCGUCCGUGGCGAUCAUGUGUACGAGGCGAGUUCUUAUUUGCAAUGCGAAUCUGAAAUAAAUCUGUUCCUCAGGCCUUGUGAACCUCCUUCAGGCGUAUGGAUGAUAAAGAAAUGCCCCCUGCAUUGGACUGAUGACGUCAUACGUCACAAGUGCGAUUCGCCAUCGAAGUUUCUCGAUAACCGAACCUACGAUACAUUAGUUCCUGUGUACAGCGGUGUAAAUAACAUGACGUAUAGAAAUCAGUAUUGCGCAAUAUGCCACAAUGUAACAUCAUACGAAUUUUGGGAGUUGUCAUUUUCGGAGCUGGCAAUUCCUCCCAGCCACUUUAACAAAGAACAAUUUAUUAAUUUUCUCAACUCAAAUAUCAAGCAUUUUAGAGGAAUCCAACCUAAGGAUAGUUUCUUUGUGCGUUAUUGUUACUUUCCGGACGUUGUCAAAAGUUGUUCGAAAACAUCUAAAUUUGAAAAUGCACGCGCGUGUAUUAACGGAACGGUUGAGAUUGUCCGUUCAGAAAAUAGAGUUUUCUAUAAAAAUCGCGCGUGUAGCUCGUGUCACGAUGUAAAAUCCCCGUGUCCUGUAAAAUUGAUUUCACCUACAAAUUGUUUUGUGUUACCAGCAGAUAUAAGUCGCUCAAUGAACUUACAAGACUACGAUGUUGUCAAGGUAACCAGAACGUGUCCCCAAGGAGAGGUCUACGAUCCAUAUAUAUCCAAAUGUCGUCCCAGUUAUCAACCACUUGUCCUUAAUUCCUCAGGUGAUUCUUACAGAAUCACAAUGUCAUUGUUAAGAUAUACCUUGUCUCCAAUGCUGAUGGAAUCGAAUCUUCCUGAAGACAUUUCAGAAAAUUUCAACUUGUCCCGACGUCAAAUAUUAGAUGUUAAAGUUGCUUCUUCUGGAGAUAAAUAUAUUAUCUCAUUCACGCUACAUUUGACGCCAGAACAGAGCUUGAUCAUUUCUGCGAACAACUAUGGAAAUCCCUCGAAUCUUGACCUUUGGAAGUUACUGAAGUUUCAAAACGCCUUUCCUUUGUUGCUUGGUAACAGAAGAAAUUUAACAGUAUUUCGUGUUCGAGUUCGACGAUUAGCCUGCAUUCAUUGGGGAACUUAUCAAGUUUACUCUAAAUUACCAGACAACCGUCUCUAUGUAAAUCAAACUAUGCUUACCUACGAACCGUAUGAAUACGAGAUAAAUGGACCUGCUCCCAAACCAACAGCAAGAGUGUGUUCAAAGUUGGCUCCUUUUCGCAUUAAUGGCUCUUAUAUAGGCCUGAAACCUUCCGAGUAUAGUCUGCUACCAAACCUAACUGUCGUAUACAAAAACCUCAGAUACGACUUCGGCGAAUAUUCCUUUGUAAACGGAACGGUUUAUAUUUUUGUUGGAUUCAAACGCAAACAUGAGAUUAGUCAUAUGGAUCCUCCCCUUGUGUUGACAAUAAUGAACUUCGUUUGCUAUGUUUUAUCCGAAGUAUUUCUUGUUGUCUUAAUUGUGACUUAUUUGCUCUUCAAAGAAUUGCGAACUGUUCCGGGGAAAAAUCUUUUAAGUUUGGCUAUUUCACUAGCAAUUGCUGAUCUUUUCUGGUUGUUGGGUCAUGAAUUUACAGCCAGGGGUGUUUUAUGUACUGUCCUAGCUAUCGGGAUUCAUUAUUUUUAUAUGGUAUAUUUUACUGCCUGCUCUGUGAUCGCCUAUCACUCGUGUUAUGUAUUUGGCCGUGGUAUUUCAGCAUUACCAGACUUGGACGAGGAAAAGAGACGAUUUAUCAUCUAUUUUUUGGUAAUAUGGUUCGCUCCAGCAGCAUUUGUGGGACUGCUCGUCAUUUUAGACCAAACAGAUACUCUUGCUGUGAAGUACGGCCUUGUUAACCAAACUGUUUGUUUUUUGGGAACACAACAAGCUAGUAUGUAUCUGUUUGCGUUACCAGUCGCGCUCUCCCUCGUGUUUAAUACAGCAACGUUCAUACGCGUCGCAAAACAUUUCUUCAAAAAUCAAAGAACAAACUCGCAGUUCUUAUCAAGUGAGUUGCAGAAAAAACGAGAAAGACAGAAUGUGAUCAUUUGUUUCAGACUUUCAACGUUGAUGGGCUUCUCUUGGCUGUUUAUCUUUCUUCAUUUUCUUUUUGAAUCAGUCACUCGGGUAUUUCUUUAUUUGUUUGUUUUGUUUGUUGGUCUGCAAGGCGUUUUUGUAUGCGUUGCAUUUGUUUUCAAUCGCAAAUGCUUAACACUCUAUCGUGGCUUGAUCCAUUCCAAGUUGAAUCACGUGAAAAGCAACAACAGAGAGAUGCCCAACACAACACGUACUAUGAACAGCAUAUACAAAGACACCAAGCUAUAGCUGUGCUGGAAGAUAAAGAUUUAGUUUUAAUAUUUAGGAGGAGGGACUUUUAGAUUGUGUUAUCAAAUACUGUGUAAAAUAAAUCAAUAAAAGCGUGUGCAAGUUGAAGUUUCUUCAGGUGUACCUUUCCGGGGA